GUGGCAUCAGCAUCGAAUCCUUCCUGUCUCUCUUCGAGAUGACGUUCCAUCCGCAUGCCACGGGACAGGUGCGUGUCCCCGGCUGGGUCACUGCUUCGCUCCGUGUGCUGGGUGGGCUCAUUUGGCAGGGCACCAGCGGCGAGGAGCCAGCAGGGAGUUGCGGAGUUUCGCAUUUCGGGUUGAGGACAGCGGGUCCCGGCUUUGACGGUCUUCGGAGCUUUUGGCGUUCAGGCCCAAGAUGUAAAAUCCUGAGAUACCUCCUAAAGAUCUACAAGACCUGA